AAGAGUCUAUUCCUACUAGAACCUUGAAAGAAAUAACAAAUACUACAGAAUCAACAACUACAACAAGUAACACUCAACCCUCAAACAAUAACACCACCACCUCAUUAGAUACCCCAAUGCCGAUGGACACAAAUAAACAUUUAGAUGAGCAGCUCUGA